AAUUUUAGAAUAACUGUAAAAAAUUCCAGAAAAUUGCCUCCAAAAUCCAAAAUUAACUAGCUGUUAUUCAAAAUCCCCAAUUAACUAACUGUAAAAUUGUGGGAAACGCAGUAUUCCCAAGCUUGCUACAUUUCUUACCAGUUUAUUUUACCGUCUCUAAAAUUUCAAAAACCCUUCCCUAGCUAUUUUCAUUUGCUAAGAAUUUCUCAGGAAACCCUAAGCUGAAUUAAUUCAAGAACUAAGGCAUUGAUUUAUGAUUGAAAUGGAAUCAGGAGGUACCAGUGAAAGUCCAAUUGAACCAAAGAAAGGCAAAUCUAAGACUCCGAGAACGCCCAAAGAAAGCACUCUCAAGCAGAAAUCUCCGGCUGAAUUCUUCGCCGAGAAUAAGAACAUUGCUGGAUUUGAUAAUCCAGGAAAAAGUCUGUACACUACAGUGAGAGAACUUGUUGAGAAUUCGCUUGAUUCUGCGGAGUCCAUAUCCGAGCUUCCCUUUGUGGAAAUUACCAUUGAAGAGAUAGGAAAAAGCAAGUUUAAUACAAUGAUUGGUCUUGUUGAUCGGGAUCGUGUUGAUGCGGAACUUUAUGAUGAUUUUGAGACAGCUAAGGCUCGUGAGAAAAGAUUAGCAAAGGAAGCUCGUACACAGGAAAUUCAAGCAAAGAAUGCUGCACUUGGGAAGAAAGUCAAAGACCAAUCAGCUGCAAAAGGCAUGAAGGGUCGAGGUGAGGCUUCAUUUUACAGAGUCACAUGCAAGGAUAACGGAAAAGGAAUGCCACAUGAGGACAUCCCGAAUAUGUUUGGAAGGGUCUUGUCUGGUACAAAAUAUGGUCUCAAGCAAACACGUGGGAAAUUUGGUCUUGGGGCAAAAAUGGCAUUGAUAUGGUCCAAAAUGAGCACUGGACUUCCUAUAGAGAUCUCAUCAUCCAUGAAGGGCCAGAAUUACAUGACAUUCUGCAGACUGGAUAUUGAUAUUCAUCGGAACGUUCCUCAUAUCCAUUUACAUGAAAAGAGAGAUAAUAAUGAUAGGUGGCAUGGAGCUGAAAUUCAAGUGGUCAUUGAGGGAAAUUGGACAACUUACCGUUCUAAAAUAUUGCAUUACAUGCGACAAAUGGCUGUUAUCACCCCAUAUGCUCAAUUUCUUUUCAGAUUUAUAUCAGAUACAUCUGACAAAAAUGUCACUGUAAAAUUUGCAAGGAGAACAGAUGUAAUGCCCCCUGUCCCCCUCGAGACAAAGCAUCAUCCAUCAUCUGUUGAUUUACUAUUGAUCAAGCGCCUUAUUGCAGAAACUUCAAAACAGAACCUUUUGCAAUUUCUUCAACAUGAAUUUGUAAAUAUAGGGAAGGCGCAUGCAGGAAGAUUAAUCGGGGAAAUGGGUCCUGAAUUUAGCCCAAAAAUGGCAGUCAAGACUCUGACCGAUCAGCAGAUAGUUCGGGUCAAUCAGUUGUUUCGUCAAGCUAAAUUUGAUGAUCCUGCUGGUGAUUGUCUUAGUCCUGCUGGAGAAUACAAUCUUCGACUUGGGAUAAUAAAGGAGCUGCAUCCAGACAUGGUUGCCACUUAUUCCGGAAGUGCUCAAGUUUUUGAGGGACACCCCUUUAUUGUUGAAGCUGGUGUCAGUGUGGGUGGAAAGGAUGUUAAGCACGGAUUGAAUAUUUUUCGAUUUGCAAAUCGCAUACCGCUUCUAUUUGAGCAAGGUGCUGAUGUAGUCACCAGGACCGCCCUUAAAAGAAUCAACUGGGGUAGUUACAAGAUCAAUCAGACGCAAGAUAAAAUAGGUGUCUUUGUGAGCGUUGUCAGUACAAAAAUCCCAUUUAAGGGUACUGGAAAGGAGUACAUUGGAGAUGAUAUCACUGAAAUAGCUACUGCUGUCAAGUAUGCCAUUCAGCAGUGCUGCAUCCAGCUAAAAUCCAAAAUUUUGAAGAAAUUGCAUGCCCGUGAGCAACAGGAGAGAAAACGAAAUUUAAGCAAGUAUAUCCCUGAUGCCACAGGUGCUAUAUACGAUGUUCUGAAAGAAAUGGCACAGUUCCAAGUUUCAAAAAAGAAGCGUUACGAGGAGGAAGAUGCAGAAAUGCUUGAGAAAGUAUCAGAGCGGUCAAUUACAAAAGAUACACUCACAGAAAAGCUUGCCCAACAUGUUGAAAAGGUGGACUAUGAAAUGGCAUUGGAGUAUGCCACGCAAAGCGGAGUGAGCGAAGAACCUAGAGAAGAUAUUUACAUUCAAGCACUUGAAGUUGAUCAUAAAUUCAUUGAUUUUCAAAGUCCCAUUUUUAUAUUCAGAUUUAUCUCUUAGGAAUUAUUGGAUAUUCUUUGAUCAGCUUCUAUAAAUUCUACAUUCAUUAUAGAUUGAGAUUUGUUGUAAUACCCACAGUUUCUUUAUUUAAGUUGUCUGAGAUUUGUUGUAAUACCCACACUUUGUCUUCGCUGUAUUAAUAAAUCAUGUAAAGGACUGAUUAGUGCAAA